UAAGUGUUGAUUCGAUAAACAAACAUUCAGUUAUCAAUCUCUCCAUCCCACCCUGUAAUGUUAGUUUUAAGGGUUUCCACCUUGUGUCAUCCUAUUGUUUGGUUAUGCGUAGUUGCAUGCAUAGCUAUGGCUGAGCUUUUUUCUAAAGCUCUUAUCUUACAAGGAUUUACCAAUUUUGACCUAGCUAAGUUUUUAAUCUAUGUAUUUGACUUCUCAAUCGUUGCAAGGGAUUCCUUAAACUAAAUUCUUCUGCUUAAUUGAAUCUAAGCCUAAUUUCUAAAUAAGUUUGCAGGUUUAAAUGCUACUCUAACCCAUCCUUACUGUGAAUCCCUCUAAAAUCAAUGGAAAUUAGAGCUGAAAUGGCUCUCUUACUGCAUACUUAAAAAUUCUACUCCACCUCUAAACGCGUAUUCACAUGGUUACAGUUUUUACUAAAGUAAACGAAAGUAAGGUCUCGACUAACAUGCUUUGAUGAACUUGACUUGAUAUAGAGUGGAUGAAGAAAUGCCAUAUAUAACAUAAGGAAACAUAACAUAAGGAAAACAGGUAAGCCAAUAAAAAGUUAAUUUUUGUCAAACACACGAAAUAAAUUAGCAAUAUCUAUGAAAGCAGCAAAAAGAUUAACAAACACCUCAAGGUCAUCAGAAUAUGUCCUUUAGUAUUGAUCAUUCAUAGUAAAAUGAUCAAAGUAACCAAUGAAAAUUAACUUGACAGUUUAUUGGAUGUGCAUGAUUGGUUGAACAUUUUGUUUCCCUAUAUUUACAUCCACCAUAUUAGCUGGAGCAAAGCUUAUCCCAAAAGUUAAUCAAAAACGGAGUGAAUUAUUUAUUUCACCAGGUGUAAGUAUCAAUCUUGACGCGAGUGGAGUUUGAAGUCUCCAACUGUUCAUUGGACACACAACACUGCACAAUCCAGUUGUCUUCUAAAGUGUUUUAAAAGGAUUGAUUAGGUGAGUGAGUGACAUUAUUUACAUCUCCAUCUUCAUACUACAAUUAAGUGAAUUAAACUGUGGAAUUCCUCUGCGUUGAACAUUGAAUCAUUGUCAAGUAAAUAUUGAAUACAAUUAUGAUAACUGUUGACUAUCACCGUAAAUGUUUAUCCUAGUACUUUAAUGUAUCCUUUGAAUAAAUAUAAGUGACCUUAUUCGAAAUGAUAUAACUCAUCUUCGACAUACUCUUCUCAUGCUGACGCAUCUCUUUCCUUUUUCUGUUUACAGGUCUUUGCAUUGUUCCUACCAGUAUGUCUACUCUAAGUCAACAACGCAAACUAGUUGAACAACUUCGUCAGGAGGCGAAUUUAAAUCGUCGACCAGUCUCCGAAUGUGUACAAGAAAUGAUUAUAUAUAUGGAACAGAACAGAGAUAAAGACUGUUUAGUGUCUGGUUUUGCAAGCAAGAAGGAUAAUCCAUUUCAAGAGAAAGGCGGGUGUAUUGUGAUCUAGGCGAAUGAAAGGAAGAGGUUAUGAUCCACUCACUGUUGAUGGUUGACUUUGACUCUUCUCUUUUUGCUUUACUGUUCAAUAAUUUUAUGUUGUUUUGAUUUUAGUUACUUGUGAUAUUUUGCCUGUGGUUCACUGCGUGUGGACACAAACACACGCACACACACAGAUAGACAGAUAGACAUGGUGUAGCGUGGUGAAGAUAUGCUUUUGUGGUUACCUUCUCAAUGUGAGUAUAUCACAGUUUAGAGAAGGACAAAAUGACAAAGAAUUUGUAAUAAUAAAUUGCUGUUGGAGACUGCCUUU